ACCUUAAAGAAAUCAUUUUUUUCAGACACUUUCUUCUAAUGCAGAACAAGCAAGGAAGAAAGAAGAAGAUGGCUAGUUAUUUUCCAAGUAUAAAAGAUGAAGAAUUAUUAUCAGCUACAUAUUUACAGAAUGAUCAGGAAUCUGGUUCAAAUCCAGACAAUAAUAAUAAUAAUAAUAAUAAUAAUAUAAUGUAUCUGAAUCAAGAAUCCGUUAAUGUCCCUUACAUGGAGCUCUUAUCCACCGCUAGAAGAGACGACGAUCUACUCGAACUCAUCCCAUCGUCUUCUUCUUCAUCAUCUUUAAACCUACAAUCAGACUUUGUUCACCUACAAAUCACGGAUAAUUCUCAAAACUUUCAAUCUCAAGCCUUAUCCCUGACUCUAGGGAAUCAAAUGCAACCCCCUUACUUGUCACCCUUCGGAGGAAAUUACAUAUACGAUUCGGAAAUGACAACCCCCACUUUGAAUUGUAACAGUAAGUAUCUGAAACCAGCUCAAGAAUUGCUCGACGAAGUUGUGAGUGUCUGGAAUUCCCCUAAACCGUCGUCGUCGUCGAAAAAGUCUAUCAUAGAUGAUUUGAAAUCGUCAUCGAAUCUUCUUCCUCCUACGAAUAACAACGAAAAGAUGUCGAAGCUAUUGACAAUGUUGGAGGAGUUAGACGGAAGGUACAGACAAUAUCAACAUCAGAUGCAGGUUUUAGCAUCUUCUUUUGAAACGAUGGCAGGAUUCUGUUCUUCCAAACCGUACACAACCUUGGCUUUGCAAACUAUUUCUCGUCAGUUCAGGUGUUUACGCGAUGCAAUUAAUAACCAGAUUCGGGUUAUCCAGAGAAGCAUGGGUGAAGAUGAACAAUCAUCGUCUAGUCAAGGAAGGUUGACACGUUUACGCAAUCUGGAAUUACAGAUUCGACAACAAAAGGCUGUACAGCAGUUUGGUCUCAUGAGACAUUCUUGGAGGCCACAAAGAGGCCUUCCCGAAACUUCUGUCUCUAUUCUUCGUGCCUGGUUGUUCGAGCAUUUCCUUCAUCCUUAUCCAAAGGAUUCUGAGAAAAUUAUGUUAGCCAGACAGACAGGUCUCACCAGAGGACAGGUGGCCAACUGGUUUAUAAACGCAAGAGUUCGGCUUUGGAAACCGAUGGUGGAGGAAAUGUACACGGAGGAAUUUAGCGAAGAUUCUAAGACAUUAUUACCUGAAAAUGCUGAUGAGGAAUAUCUGAAUGCUACUGAAAACUAUGGGGCAAUGAAACAACAAAACAAUUACAACCCUCCUCAUGUUGUUGUUAAUAAUGAGCGAAAUCUGUUAUUAACCGAUUCAAGUACAUUUGAUGCAUCGGACACGACCUAUGAUAUAGGUGAAUUGGGUAAUUUGAUCGUUGAAAACCGAGUAUCGCUAGCACUGGGAUUGCAGCAUUCGGAGAUAGGAGGUGGAGGAGGAGGCAACUUGCCUGAAUCAUCGUCAUCAUCUGGCGGCAGAAUGCCAUUGGAGAUCACAAAUUAUGGUGGCAUGGAAGAUCAUCAUGAUCAGUUAAACCAACAAAACCGGAUCAUGGCUAUAAGCACCCAAAUGUUGCCAGAUUUCACAUCAUGAGAAUUAUUCACAAGAAAAGGUAUCGAGUGGAGAUUGGGGGAGAAGAGUGUAAAUAUAUAAACAUAAUUACAAUUUACAAAUACAUUACAUCUGAUGGAUAUAUAGAAAAGAAGACAUCACUUGGAGAUUAUAUUUUAUUUGAAAAAAACUUAGUUUGGCACAGGUUAAUCGUUUUCUCUACCAAAUAUGAACCUGGAUCUAGAUACAAAUUUUUUUCUUCCAAAUGGGGACAAUUUGUUGUUGUUGUUGGUAGGAGUGUAGUGUGAUUUUGUGUAGAUACAAACAACAUGCAUGCUAUCUAUUUCUACAGAUGCUGAAUAAAAGAACACUUGUAUCAAUCGUUUUAUUUUUGUAUUAAUAAAUUCAAUGCAUGAUUCAUAAUUUUGGAUUUGA